AUGUUAUCAUAUUACAAAAAUGUUAUUUCCUUUAAUAAUAAAAGUGUAAUAUUUUCAAUAUGCACAAGAACAAUUUUUGUAAGUAAACGUAGCUUAGCUCCAAAGGUAAAACCUGGAAAAAAAGGACAAGAUAAAAAAGAUACAACAUCAGGAAGUACUACUGAAAGCAGUGAAAAGGCUCAUAUUUUUAAUAUAUACAAUACUGUUGAUGAAGACCAUGAAAUAUUACCAGACCACGCAUAUCCAAAAUGGUUAUGGAAAUUGGAAAAGCCCUUAAAAAGUUAUGGAGAACUUGCUUUAAUGUUUUUAUAUGGAAAGGAUAUUGAAAAUGCCACUGCUCAAGAUUACCAUCGAUUUCGUAGGUUGCAUAACAAGAAUUUAAUUAAACUGAAUAAUUUAAGAUUGAAAAAAUCAAAACGAUCAACCGUAAAACCCAUAUUUUGGGAUCUCUAA